AUGAAGAACGACGAUGUGCUGUUACUUUUCGCUUCAGAUAUUGAAGUGAGUGACGAUACAUCAUCGAAGCUAAGGGAAGCAGUGAUUGAAAUUAACGGCAUGACAUGUCAUUCAUGUGUUAAUAAUAUCGAGGAAAGUAUUGGCCGGAAUGAGGGAAUCAAGUCGAUCUCCGUUUCACUGAUCGAUCGUGAAGAUUAUUCUGAGGAAUCAACAAAACGGCCAUCUCUGUCUAUUCUUCACAAAAAGAAAGGCGAUUGGGAUUGGACCGAUGAGAAAUGUUCCAUCAGACUUGGCGAGAAAAGUGCAAAAUUUAAGCCCUCAAAAGAGGAUUCGAUUGAAAAGCGGACAUUCUCAGUGGACGGGAUGACUUGUGUGCAGACCGUGGUAGUAGCGCUGAUGUCCGGAAAAGCUGAAGUGGUUUACGAUUCGCUGAUGAUCAGUGCUGAGCAAAUUGCUAGUGAAAUUGAUCAGUUGGGCUAUCGCGCCUCAAUUAUCGGCGGUGGCCUAAGCAGUCAUAAUGUGCUGAAUUUGCUGGUUAGUGAUAUUCAUUCAUAACA